AUGUCCGAAUCUGAGAAAAAUUGGCAGCACGACCUAAUUAAGACGGAACAUCUGAUGUCCCCGACGCAUCCACCAGGCCCCAGCCGCCACCGCCACCGCCACCGCCACCGCGACAGCGACCGCGACCGCGACCGCGACCGCGACCGCGACCCCGACCGGGACCGCGACCGCGACCGCCACCGCCGACGCCACCAGCGGUCUCCACCUGAGAAGAAGCAGAAACAGUCGAGGCAACAAAACACGAGCGUGGCUGUGACUGAUUGUUCGGACCUCUGUUUAGCGUUUGCAGAAGGAGGGAAAUUUACUGAGCUCAUCCUCUCUCAUCACUCGUCAGGGGUAAUUCUAAAUCUCCGUUCACUCGUCACUAGUUCAGAGACACCUAUGUAUUCAUGGGGAGUAUCAUGUGCUCGGGACUCCAUGGAUUUGAAAGUGGUGGUCUACAUUCCUGCUGAUCCACGUACAGGCGUAAAUGUGGACGAGUUUCACGUGUUAACCAUUGGAGAAGGAGAAGAUGAUGAUGAUGAGUCGUGGAGAGUCGUGCAGGCCGAGCCUAGGGUUUUUAAGUAUAAACCCGUUUUGAUUACUGAUGGGUUUAUGCAUUGGGUCUUGCAUGACGACAGGUUAUUGACUGACGAC